AUGUCCAGGUGCUUUUUGCGUGAUGCUGUGCUGAGUGAGCCCGCAGUGAGGCGUAAGGGGAAAGGGAAACAGAUCUGGGAUCUGGAGAAGAUGAAGAACAGACUGGUGGACAUGAGAGAACUCUACCAGGAGUGGAAGAACUACGACGAAGACAACCCUGUGAGUUUACAACCCUGUGAUGCCGACCUGUUCUUUGACGAGCAGGAUAACCACAGUCUGAUAGGAGUGGCCAACGUGUUUCUGGCCUGUCUCUUCUACGACGUCAAGCUGCAAUACGCUGUACCUAUCAUCAACCAGAAGGGAGAGGAGGCAGGGGCGUCUCCGUGUAGAGGUGUGGCGGGGGAGCGAGGGGCUGGAGGAGACCUCUCAGAGCACUGUGGAUGGAGAGACUCCCACAGAGACACUGAAACCUUCAGUUUCCUGAAGCGCAUACUGUGGAAGGAAGGUGACCUGGAGAGGUUGAGGGAACAGUGGCUGACCACCCUCACUAAGAGACAGGAGUACCUGGACCAGCACCUGCAGAAGAUGGUCCAAAAGCCAGAUAAGUCAGAGGAUGACGUGGAGAGGGAGGCCCAGCUGUUGAAGUGUCGUCUGACCCUGACAGAGGAACGUAACGCCGUCCUGGUACCUUCAGCUGGUAGCGGCAUCCCUGGAGCCCCUGCAGAGAGAGUUCCUGUUCCUGGGAUGGAGACUCACAUUCCUGUCCUCUUCUUGGACCUUAGUGCUGAUGAUUUUUCCAGGAUAACCCGGCUGGUUGGGGGUCCAGAUGCCAUGCUGAACCAGGAGGAUGAGGAGUUCUUCGACCUGCACAUCGUCAAACAUUACGACGGAGAGGUUUGCGCGGAGGCGUCGUGGGACUCUACAGUGCAUGACUGUCCCCAGUUGAGUCGGCUGACCUCAGGGUGUACCUGACAGUCGGGGUCGAAGUUCAGCUCUCACCCCCUGCAGCUGGUCCUCAGAAAACGCAUCUGUGUCAACCUAGCCG